AUGGGCUCCGGCUCCCUGGAGGCGGUCAAGCAGCUCAGAGCUCUCAUGGAGAAAGGUCAGCGAUCACUCUCCACCUCACGAAACCUGCCCUGUUCCUCCCCCAGAAGAGGAGCCCUUCUUUCUUUUACCCCCCUUUUUUUUUAACUCGAUCUUCCCUUUGCCAUUUCCGCUGCGGCAGUCGACGAGGACUUCCAGCGCACUUUCAAGGUGAGGAUCCCCGGAUCUGGGUGGUAAUCUCAUCCCUGUUCUUGAGUGGGAUCUCUCCCUCUCUCUCUCUCUCUCUCUCUCUCUCUCUCUUGAUCCUCUCUGUCGGAAGCUCAAGGGGGGUAUCAAAUCUUGGGCCUGCUGGUAAGAAAUGUCAACUCUGAUGAACCCUUAAGAUCUGAUUCUUUCCAUGUUGGGACUGGCAGCUCCUGCCGAACCAGUGCUUAAUCUGCAUCCAUUUCUUCAUAGAUUCCGGUAGAAAUAUAGUCUAAAGACAGGACUAUAUUUUUCAAGGAGAUCAGGAUCCCCUUUUUUUUUCCUUAUUUAUUCCCGAGCAGUGACUAUGAAGAAUCUCAGUGGGAACAUCUCCCCUCAUUGUAUCCUAUUUUCCUAAUUCUAUACUUGUGAGGAUAUUCCCAACCUCAGAAUUAGAACCCACUGAUAAAGGGAUAAUCUUUAUUAUUUUUAUUAUUAAUAUCAUUAUUUCGGCCAAUACCCCCCUUUCAUGAAGAGAGAGAGAGAGAGAGAGAGAGAGAGAGAGAGAGAGAGAGAGAAGCUAUCCAAGCUCAGUUGGUGAGAGCUGCCUUUCUUCUUUGCAGAAUGUGCAUCAAGGCUACCCAGAUGAAACCCUGGUUCGCUUCCUCAAAGCGAGGGAUUGGAACGUCCCAAGAGCGCAUAAUAUGGUCAGCAUGAGCUCUUUUUUAAUCCCCCAAAAAAAGAAAAAAAAGAAAAAUCUGAGUUUGGUAGCUGACUUGGCCCAUUUUUCUGCUGACCCUUUGAUCCCUUGCAGCUGGUCGACUGCUUAAGGUGGAGGGUUGAGAACGAAAUCGAUAACAUACUGGCGGUGAGUAUUAAUUAUUAUUAUGCGAUGAUAUAUAUCCACCUAGUCCUUUUCACUGGGGUGAUAUGAUCAUCGACAAUAAUCUCAAGCUUCCCCCUUGGGGGGGGGCCUUGACUUCCCUUCUUUGGGGUCACAGCUCGUGGUUUGACCUGGCACCCCAUUGACUCUGCUUCUCUUCCCCUUUAUAGAAACCAAUAUCGCCAGCUGAUCUCUACCGAGCUGUUCGCGACACCCAGCUAGUUGGAGUGUCAGGAUACUCCAAGAAGGUAAUAGAUUGCCCACCUGCCUCCCCCAUUUAUAUUUUAAUUCUAAUUUUUUGGUUCUUGGGUGGAUAAAGUGGUUCAUUUCAACCUUGGACUGCUAAUGCUAAGUUAUGGUUGAAAAGAGCUGCGGAUGCUGUCCAAGGCUAUACCUUUCUUAGUAAUUUCCUUCUUCUGGGAAAAUUGCCUAUAAUAAGUCUGUCUUGAUCUUUCUUCUGACAGGGCCAACCGGUGUUUGCCAUUGGUGCCGGAUUAAGCACAUUCGACAGAGCAUCUGUACGCCCCCACCCACCCACCCUAAAGAACUGAUUUUUCUGUCAACAAUGUAUAUAUAUAAAAAGAGAGAGAAAGAGAGAGAGAGAGAGAGAGAGAGAGAGAGAGAGAGAGAGAGAGAAUUGCACUGGGCCAUUGGUGCCGGGGUUAUACUAAAAGUGCUUAUAAGAACAUAUUAAAUGAAAUAAUAAGAGGUCCAUUGAUGAGAUUUUUGAUGUGAUCAUGGUUUUGCCUCGGUUGAGAGGGGAUCGCCGAUAUCUCUGACGAGUUCAUCAAUGCAGGUCCACUAUUACCUGCAGUCGCACAUUCAGAUCAACGAGUACCGAGACCGAGUGGUGUUUGUGAGUUUCUCUCUCCACCGGUGAUUAAACCCAUCUUGUUGGAAUCACCCUCUUAAGGGAAUCUUCUCUCUCCUCUUCCAGCCCACAGCCACAAAGAAACGAGGGGACUAUGUCGGCACCUGCUUGAAGGUCCUGGACAUGACUGGUCUGAGGAUUUCAGCUCUGAGUCAAAUCAAGGUCAGCCAAAGAAGUGAAAAAUUUACAGUUUUUCUUGCAGGGUUUACCCACUGUGGUAUCAUUGGAACACCUGAUCUUUCUGAGAGAUUUCUCGCUGAAUAUGUUGGUUGCUCUGAUCUGUUCCAUGAAAUGAUACACAAGGGUGUGGGGAUCAGUCAAACUAGGCUCUUGGUGUUCUUCAAGCUGCUAAAAAUGUGUCAAUGUGAUCUUCAAAAAAUUCCUUUUUUGGUUAUAUGAUGUGUGCAGAGGUUGGGAGAGAAAAUCAGAGGGGGGAAUUCAUUCCCAUUCACAUCGCUAGACAACGCUGAUACCAUCCAAUCUUAGAUCAUCACUUACUAUCUUCGUUUAAUCCACCAGAAGAAAGUGGGAUGAGUCCAUGAAAAUGAUGAAUGCUAUGAUUUUUAAUGGAAAAAUCUACUCAUCUGCAUGAUGGGAAGUGAUUAGAUCUAACAGGACUUGGGAUUGCAGCUGCUGACGAUCAUAUCUACUGUUGAUGAUCUCAACUACCCGGAGAAGACGGAGACAUACUAUAUUGUGAAUGCGCCCUAUGUGUUUUCAGCCUGCUGGAAGGUGGGGAUAAAGGGUCAUAACGACUCGUGCUUCUAUCGCCGCCUCUUUGGCAACUUAAUUGGUGGGCUGAGGUGGAUUUUUUUCCCAAAACAAUUGGCAGGUUGUAAAGCCUUUGUUGCAAGAAAGGACUAGAAGAAAGAUCCAAGUUCUUCAAGGUUGCGGCCGAGAUGAGUUGUUAAAAGUAAGUCCAUACAUCUCAUAAAUGCUCUCUCUCUCUCUCUCCUCUUUCUCUCUCUGGCACACACACAGAGGAGGAUGAGUAAGGAAAAUCCAUGUUUGCAUUGUGGUAUGAGCCCAGAGUUUUUCAGCAGCUAAACGGGUUAUCAACUAUCAACAAAAGAUGCAGUUAUGCGCCAUAAAAUGGGGAGCUGAUAUUUAGACAAAAGAAGUUGAAUAUUUGAAAGCUUGGAUCCGGUAAUAAUUAAAAUUAUGGCAUAAUAAAUGCAAGAAUAACCCAAAAAGGGUCCAAAAACACCUCGGAACCGUUCAAGAAUAACCCAAAAUGACAGCAUUGAAAAUAGUCUUCCAGCAUGCCUUCGUGGAAAAAGAACGAAGGAAAGAGCCGUUUCAUGUGCAUGACAAAAGAGUUGUAUAAUAUUUUCCUCUUUCCUUGUUGGUUCUAUAAUGUUUACCAGGAAAGAUAGAGGUGCAUAUAUGCAUACCCAUCAAAGCAAAAGUCAAAUGGGCUUCUGCAGCUGUUAUUUCAUGGCAAAGAACUCAUCAGUACUGACCUUGCAGGUGAUGGACUACUCAUCGCUGCCCCAUUUCUGCCUGAGAGAAGGAUCAGGGUCCUCGCGUCACUCGGCCACAGGAACUGAGAGUUGCUAUUCCUUGGACCAUGAUUUCCACCAGCAACUCUAUACAUACAUCAGAGAACAGUCCUUAAUGCAAAAUCCAGUCGCACCGAUUUCACAAGGAUCUUUCCACGUAGAUGUGCCCGGCAGCGGGACUGAGGAAUCAGAGAUUGUCCAGUCGAUCGAAUGUGAGCUGCAGAAAUGUGGGUACCAAAAUGGGAUCAACCACUCAAUUGAAGCCAUCAAAAUCAGUGACUAA